CUGGCUCUUCUGUCCCUUUCAAGAGCUUGCCAUAGGCAUGAGGGGCCCCGGGCCGAGAUGACAGUGCUGGCGCCAGCCUGGAGCCCCACGACCUCCCUGCUGCUGCUGCUACUGCUGAGCCCCGGCCUCGGCGGGACCCCCGACUGCACCUUCCCCCAAAGCCCCAUCUCUUCCAACUUCGCUGUCGCCUUCCGCAAGCUGUCUGACUACCUGCUUCAAGACUAUCCAGUCACUGUUGCCUCCAACCUGCAGGACGACGAGGUCUGCGGGGCGCUCUGGCGGCUGGUCCUGGCCCAGCGCUGGAUGAUACGCCUCAAGACAGUGGCUGGGUCCCAGAUGUACAUCCUGCUGGAGGCUGUGGACACUGAAAUACACUUUGUCACCUCAUGUGCCUUCCAGCCCCUCCCCAGCUGUCUUCGCUUCGUCCAGACCAACAUCUCCCACCUCCUGCAGGACACCUCUGCGCAGCUGGCUGCUCUGAAGCCCCAGAUCAAGAGCCGGAAUUUCUCCCAGUGCCUGGAGCUGCAAUGUCAGCCGGACCCCUCCACCCCGCUGCCCCCACGGAGUCCCUGGGCUCUGGGAGCCACGGCCCUGCCAACCCCUCAGCGCCCUUUGCUGUUCCUCUUGCUACUGCUGCCCCUUGUCCUGCUCCUGCUGCUGGCUGCUGCCUGGCGCCUGCACGGGCGAAGGAGACGGCGGAGGACUCCCUGUCCCAGCGAGCAGAGGAGGACACUGAGGCCCAGAGAAGGGAGUCCUCUGCCAGAGGACACACAGCCAGGAUGUGGAGAAAGUCAGCGACAGGCUGGUCCCCUUCUCGGCGCCCUGCCCCUUUCGAUCUCUCCCCAGGAUGGAGGCAACACCAGAACCCAGGCUCAACCCCAAGACCGCCGGGAAGCCCUCUGUACAAAGCCCUCAUCGUUAUGAAUUUGUAUAUAAAUAAAUCAUCCUUUUCUACCAGCUCUGGCCAGGCCUGUCUGUGGA